GGAAGGGGCUCCCGCUAUGGACGGGCUGCGGACUAGCACGGGGCUGUUGAGGCGCGGGAGGUUGAGACGCCGGCGCCAGCCGCAGCCACACAGCGGGUCGGUCCUGGCCCUGCCCCUGAGGCCCAGGAAGAUCCGAAGGCAGCUUAGGAGAAGCGUGGCGUCCCGCAUGGCCGCACUGAGGGCCCAGACGCUGCCCAGCGAGGACUCGGAGGACUCGAGGGUGGAGUCGACGGUCGACGAUCCGGGGGACCCGCUGCCUGGUGGGGCGGCGGCCAUCCCCGAUGCGGCCCGGCGGGAGCCGUAUGGCCACCUGGGGCCUGCAGAGCUGCUGGAGGCCUCGCCCGCGGCCCGCUCCCUCCAGACACCCCGCUCCCUGGUGGAGGCGCAGACCCCGCCGGCCCGCCUGGUGGAGGCGCAGACUCCGCCGGCCCGCCUGGUGCCGGCUUCCGCGCCGCCCGCGCGCCUGGUGGAGGUGCCCGCCGCGCCGGCCCGCGUGGUAGAAACCUCGGCCCUGCUAUGCAAUGCCCAGCACUUGGCGGCCGCCCCUCUGUCCGUAGCCCCCGCCACGCUGUCGGGGCCGCAGGUGGACAGCACGGGCGGGGAGCUGGCCUGGGACUCCCCGCUGCAGCGCGUCCUGGCCGAGCUGAACCGCAUCCCCAGCAGUCGGCGGCGGGCAUCGCGCCUCUUCGAGUGGCUCAUCUCGCCCAUGCCGCCCGACCAUUUCUACCGGCGCCUGUGGGAGCGGGAGGCGGUGCUGGUGCGGCGGCAGGACCACGCCUACUACCAGGGGCUUUUCUCCACCGCAGACCUGGACUCCAUGCUGCGCCACGAGGAGGUGCAGUUCGGGCAGCACCUGGACGCCGCUCGCUACGUCAACGGGCGGCGCGAGACCCUGAACCCGCCCGGCCGCGCGCUGCCCGCCGCCGCCUGGUCCCUGUACCAGGCCGGCUGCUCCCUGCGCCUCCUCUGUCCGCAGGCUUUCUCGACCACCGUGUGGCAGUUUUUGGCUGUGCUCCAGGAGCAGUUUGGAAGCAUGGCAGGCUCCAACAUUUACCUCACGCCCCCCAACUCGCAGGGCUUUGCCCCCCACUACGACGACAUCGAGGCUUUUGUGCUGCAGCUGGAAGGUAGGAAACUCUGGCGCGUGUACCGACCCCGGGUCCCGACGGAGGAGCUGGCCCUGACAUCCAGUCCCAACUUCAGCCAGGACGACCUCGGUGAGCCGGUGCUGCAGACCGUGCUGGAACCCGGAGAUUUGCUCUAUUUUCCUCGGGGCUUCAUUCACCAAGCCGAAUGCCAGGAUGGGGUGCACUCUCUGCACCUCACCUUGUCCACGUACCAGCGCAAUACCUGGGGCGACUUCCUGGAGGCCGUACUGCCUCUGGCAGUGCAGGCUGCAAUGGAAGAAAAUGUGGAAUUCCGAAGGGGUCUCCCCCGAGACUUCAUGGAUUACAUGGGGGCCCAGCACUCGGAUUCUAAGGAUCCACGAAGAACGGCUUUUAUGGAGAAGGUGCGAGUCCUGGUUGCCCGCUUGGGACACUUUGCUCCUGUCGAUGCUGUGGCUGACCAGCGAGCCAAAGACUUCAUCCACGACUCUCUGCCCCCUGUGCUGACUGAUAGGGAGAGGGCACUAAGUGUUUAUGGGCUCCCAAUUCGCUGGGAGGCUGGCGAACCUGUGAACGUGGGGGCCCAGUUGACAACGGAAACAGAAGUGCACAUGCUGCAGGAUGGGAUAGCUCGGCUGGUGGGUGAGGGAGGCCAUUUGUUUCUCUAUUAUACAGUGGAGAACUCCCGUGUUUAUCAUCUGGAAGAGCCCAAGUGCUUGGAGAUAUACCCUCAGCAAGCUGAUGCCAUGGAACUCUUGCUGCGCUCCUACCCAGAGUUUGUGAGAGUAGGGGACCUGCCCUGUGACACUGUGGAGGACCAGCUUUCCUUGGCAACCAUGUUAUAUGACAAGGGGCUGCUGCUCACCAAGAUGCCUCUAACCUGAACUAGUUUCUUGUUGAUUGCUGGAAGCAAGACAGUGGUGAUUCUCUUAACUACCAUUACCACCUUUUUGGCAGGGGGCUGGGGGAUGGGUGGGGGGAUUCAUGUUCUUACCUUGAGAACCAUUUACCUUUAUGACUGCUUUAAUGUCACAAAUUUCAGAUGGCUUUCUAGGAAUCACCACUUCAUCUAGGCACAAAAGCAAAAGCAGAAGUUGGAGGUGGAAAAAGGAGCUCUUUCUGCAGAAGUAACUUUGAUCCCUGAUUAUUUCAGAGCACCAGCCUCAUCAUCACCCCCAGGCUUCAGUGUACUGUGUAGCACUUGCUGUGUCCUUCUGCUUGAGACAUCAGAUGUUUUUAUUUGGGAUUUGCAUCCUUCAUUGAGUUCUCUUUCCUCAGUUUGGGGGGAGGGUUGGGGUCAGUAUCCUGUUU